UUGUGUGUCAGAAGCUCCGAGAAACGAGAGGCUGCAAUUCAUCUAUAUAGCUCUUUAUAUAGAUCUUUAUAUAGAUGUAUAUACAUGAUACUUAUGUAUAUAUCUAUAGAAAUAUAUCUACUCUAACCCGGAAGCAGACGGACGAAGAGAAGCUGCAGUGAACACUCCUCAUCUGAAGCUAGCAGCUAGCUGUUAGCCGUUAGCUGUUAGCCGUUAGCCGUUAGCUCGUCGUUAGCCUCCGGACUCUCAGCCUCACCGACCCGCCUCUGAGGCGAUGAGCACGGACCUUCUCUCUGAUCUGGACACCCGCUUCUUCGCUGAUAACCUCCUGACCAGCGAGGACUGGGAUGCCUGCCUGUACCAGUGCGAGAACAUGGAGGAGGGGGAGGACGCCGCCUGCACCCGGGGGCGGAGCUACCAGAGCACGUUUGACAACGACCUCGUGCUGACCCUCGACCCUGACAACCCCACGUCUCCAUGGCAACACAGUGACAACACCCUGCUCACAGGAGAAAAACCAGGAACCAAAAAUGAGAUGACGAUAACUCAGCCGUUACCAGUGGAAAUGUUGUUCCAGGUGAAGGCGGAGCCUCUCUCUCCGGCGUCAUCACUCUCCUCUGAUUGCUCCAUGUCUUCACCGGAACCUCAGGUCGCAGUGAAAGGUGAAAACCCUCCGACUCCUCCCUACAUGUACGGAGACGUGCUGUCUCCUCCGCUCGGCGCCAUGGAGGUAACCGUGGCGACCACGGCCGUGCCCCCCCCUCCGCAGACGCAGCUGCAGACGCAGUUGACGGCUGCGCAGACCUGCAUUAAUGUAAACAACCCCCCCCACCCCCCCCCAGUGCUGCCCAGGGUAACGACCAACACCAUCCUGAGCACGAAGCCCCCCCUCCAGCCCCGACCCCUGUGUGUGGCCCCCCUCCCCGGCCCCCCGAUCCCGGCUCCGGCUAAGACCCUCAUACUACAGGGCCUCCCCCCCAUGGACCAGACCCGACCCGUCGUCCUCUCUCAGUCCGUCUGCCUCGGUUCGGCUCCUCCCAUCGUCAAGAUGGAGCCGGUCUCUCCCUCCAUCACCCAGCACUGCUCCAGUCCCACGGCCCCGCCCACCAGCAAACCCAUCGUCCCGGCAACCUCCGCUGUACCUGGCACCAGCUCCGGGGACAUCGACAUGAAGGUGCUGAAGCGGCAGCAGAGGAUGAUAAAGAACCGAGAGUCUGCGUGCCAGUCCAGGAAGAAGAAGAAGGAGUACCUGCAGCUGCUGGAGGGUCAGCUGAGGGAGGCGCAGCAGGAGAACGAGCGCCUGCGGCGGGAGAACCAGGCUCUGAGGGAGCGCCUGGCUGGGAAAGAGGGCAGCGACUCAGCGAGUAACAAACGAGCCGUGUGUGUCAUGGCUGUUCUGCUCUUCAUGACCUUCAGCUUUGGACCCGUCAGCAUCAUGGACAGGAAGCUGUCCACGGGUCCACAGGACAGCGUGGUGUGGUACACAGGACGUCAGCUGCUGGAGAUCGAGCAGCGACCGCCGCCGCAGCGGCCGGCGAAGGCGGCGCCGCAGCCUCCGAGCAGAGAGGAGGACAAGACGGAGACGGAGGAGGACGGAGCGGAGGCGGACAGAUUUGUUGCAGAGUCGUUUCCUUUCAGGAACCUGAGCGACGUCUUCAGCGACAUGAAGGACCUGGUUCUUCAGGACAUCGACCGGUACUUCACCUCCUCAGACUGUCGGCAGUUCAAUCGCUCCGAGUCGCUGAGGUUGGCCGACGAGCUGAGAGGUUGGGUUCAACGCCAUCAGAGCGACCGGAAGAAAUCUGGAGGGAAACCAAAGAUUGCCAAGAAGGCCAAGAUCGCCCAGAAAGCUCAGCUGAGGAAGACGAACUUCUCCAGAUAUCUGCCGAUUCCGACUCAUCGCUCCCUGGAGAGUCAGCUGCAGGUUCUUUCUGCUCCUGAGGUCACGUACAGCGACUUCCUGGACGCCAUCGAGCGCAGAGAGGACACUUUCUACGUGGUCUCAUUCCGACGGGACCACCUGCUGUUACCGGCCAUCAGCCACAAUAAAACCAGCCGACCCAAAAUGUCUCUGGUGAUGCCGGCGAUGUCCGUUAACGAGAGUCUGUACAACACGUCUCGAGGCUACGAGAUGAUGAUGCAGGUGGACUGUGAGGUCAUGGACACUCGGAUCGUCCCCAUCAAGUCCUCCGCCGUCCCGCCGUCUCUCCGCGACCCGCCACCGCCCCCCCCCUCCUCCCACCACAACCCUCACCACCAUCACCACGGCAACCACACCUCGCUCAGAGGACGCCAUCACCCGUCCUCCUCGCCGACGUCUCCGAGGCAACCGUUGCCUGCCCGCCGGCGGACAGCUGAAUAUUUAAUCAGCCAAUCAGAGGGGGUCUAGGGGGUGUCGCCAUGGUGAUGGUACACAAAAGAGCGACGGACGGUGGAAAACAUGGAGAAGGAAGAAAAACCUCAGAUUGUUUUUGAAAAUCACUUUAUUGCUAAACACGAGUAACGUUUCUCUCCUUUUCAAACAACUCUUUUCCUGCAGGAAACAGAAAAACUAGAAAGUUUAGAUCCUGUCGACUUGUCGAUAUAAAAAAGUUUGCAAGAAAACGUCCUAAUAUAUAAAAUAUAUUGUAAAAAUUAAAAUCUCGCAGCAGCAGCCUGCACCUCGACAAAGUGCUGCUUUUUAAUAUUUAAUGUGAAAAUGUGGAGUGAAUGAAAUGUGCCCGUUUGGAACUGAGCUGAAAAAGAAAAGUUUCUGUUUGUCGCCGCUCUCUGCGCAUCCUAACUGAUCCGACCCACAGGUGGCGCUGCAGCAGAGCUUCUAGACGUUCGCUGCACUUUCACAGGAAGUGGACGAACGCCUCGCAGUGAGAAUCUGGUUAUUAAUGGUGCAGGAGAAACGUCUUGUUUUCCUCGACUCUGCUGAGGAUCUUGUUUGUAUAUUUGUGAAACGCUGGAGUCCAGAUGUUUGACGGACAGCUGCUGCGCGACCAAGGAUCCUGACGUGAACCAGACGGAACCCGACGGCUUCAGGGAAACGUUCAAUUACUGAGUCUGAACCUUCACUCCAGCAGCAGCACAGGUCUAGUGCCUUGCUCAAGGACUACAGUCUGAUCUGAUCCUCUGUCGUGCUGCGUCCGUCAGAUUCAUCCAUGUUUUCUUUUUGUCUUUUAAUAGAAAAAACCUGUGGUUGUUUUGUGGGGAUUAUUUAAUAGAUGUAAAAUAUCACUGUUCACUUUGUAGAUAUUCUUUGUUUUUUUAUAUUUUUUUAUUUCCUGUGAGGCUUCAGUGAAAAUUUUCUAGAUUUCAUUCUCGUCUUUCUUUUCAAGGACCAAUCACGUUUGUUCGUUCAGUCUGUGCUCGUCAGGAUUUUCUCUCCUGACUAUAUAUUUAUGAAAAAUACAAUGAUAUGAAAAUUCCGUUUUUUUUUAAUUGUACAGAAUUAAGCUUCAGUUUUUCCUUAAAACACAGAAAAUGUAAAUUCUGCCAAAACAAUAAAAUUGAGCCUCUUUGACCUGUG